UUAAAGAGCCACCGAUGGUCCUAUUAUGACCUCAAAUAUGUCUUUCUUGGCCUACUGGUCUUGAUUGAUUUCAUAAUUAUCCGGAAACCCAUCUUACCCUUUCGCUGUGCAAUCUUAGCCGUGUUCUGUAUCGGUUUGUUUGUGCCUUAUAUCCGUCGCUUUAUCGUGCCUGCAUCGCCAAUAUUCGCCUGGUUGAUUACCUUUUACGCCUGCCAAUUCAUCCCUCUCCACUACCGUCCCCAGCACAUAUUCGUCAACAUCCUCCCGACUCUCGAAAGAAUUCUUUAUGGCGCUAGUCUAUCAGAAAUCAUCUCUAGUCACACACACCCAGUCUUGGAUGUCUUGGCCUGGCUUCCAUAUGGAGUAAUUCAUUUCUCAUUUCCGUUUGUCUUGGCAGCCUUAUUGUUCACCUUUGGCCCACCAGGAUGCUUGAGUUUGUUUGGUCAGGCAUUUGGAUAUAUGAACAUUGCUGGCGUAUUGACACAGCUACUCUUUCCCAAUGCAUCGCCUUGGUAUGAAUUAAUCUAUGGUUCUGCACCUGCCGAUUAUUCAAUUCCUGGUGAAGCUGGUGGUUUGGCAAGGAUUGACAAGAUCCUUGGGUUGGAACUGUAUGGGUCAACUUUUGGAAACUCGCCUCUGGUGUUUGGAGCCUUUCCUUCACUUCAUUCUGGAUCGGCUACAAUGGAAAUGCUGUUUCUCACCUAUCUGUUCCCAAAGAUGUGGCCGGUUGGAGUAGCGUAUACGAUGUGGCUGUGGUGGUCUACGAUGUACCUCACCCACCAUUAUUUGAUUGACCUUGUGGGAGGCUCGAUAUAUGCAUUUGUCGUGUUCUUUAUUGCCCGUAAAUUCUUACCCAAGAUGGACAAGUCGGCACACUCCAGACUCAGCUAU